ACCAAGAGACCCUGGAUGGAUGCCCUUAAAGCUUGUCAGACGGUGAGCAGCAGCUUGGUGGAUAUCGGCUCUGAUGGCGAGCAGAACUUUGCUCACAACCUUGCUAGAGGACAUGAGUUCUGGAUCAGUGGUUCCGAUUCGUCCACGGAGGGACAAUGGCUCUGGUACGGCAGUCUCCAGUCCUGGGGGUACACCAAAUGGAAUGGUGGGGAGCCAAACAAUGCCGGUGGGGAGGAUUGUGCCAGUCUUUUAUCCGGUGGGAGGUGGAACGAUUACCCAUGUAGUCGGAGCAUGGCGUACAUCUGUGAACAAACAACUGCCCUAAGAGCCUGCGAUUCCACGUGGAGUUUCAGGAACGGUAAAUGUUACAAACUGUUCACCUCUAAGGUCACGUGGUCAAACGCUCUGAAGACUUGCCAGGCCAACUCAGCUAACCUGGUAAAUAUCCAGGAUAUGUACUAAGUGAUAGUGAAAAUUUCAGAACGCAGUGAUGUUUAUUUUGUACACGGAUUAGCAAGAGGUAACCAUAUUUGGAUGGGAGGCUUCGAUGGACCAAAGGAGGGGUCGUGGGCGUGGACUGGGGGUACCUUCUCGUGGGGCUACACCAACUGGAAUUCAGGCGAGCCAAACAACUCUGGAGACGAAGAUUGUAAUAUGAUGUACGGUAACAGUGGGCGAUGGAAUGAUGGUAAAUGUAGCGGAACAUUGGCGUUCAUGUGCAAGAAAAACACUCCCCCUAUAAAUGGAGGAUGGUCAGGAUUUGGGUCCUACGGCUCUUGUUCAAGGACAUGUGGAGGUGGAACUAAGACAAAGUCAAGGUCAUGUAACAACCCGCCCCCUCAAUGGGGAGGAGAUAAUUGUCCUGGAUCCGCCACGUCAUCAGCGUCUUGUAACACCCACAGCUGUCCAAUAAAUGGAAACUGGGCUUCUUGGAGUGGAUGGGGAAGUUGUUCACGAACUUGUGGAGGCGGAUCAAGGUCAAGGUCACGCACGUGCUCCAAUCCCGCCCCUAACUACGGCGGAUCUUACUGCUCGGGAGGAACGUCUGCUUCAACAGGUUCACAGAGCUGUAACACCCACAACUGCCCGAUCGAUGGUGGCUGGGCAAGUUGGACGUCUUGGGGUAGCUGCACUGUGACUUGUGGCGGAGGAACACAAAGGAAAACGCGCACAUGUACCAAUCCCAGACCUGCUUACUCAGGGAAGAACUGUCCGAAUUCUGCAUCCGCGACGCAAAGCUGUAACACCCAUCAUUGUCCGAUCAAUGGUGGUUGGGCCAGCUGGGGUAGUUAUGGUUCCUGUUCUUUGACUUGUGGUGGAGGAACAAAGCAGAGGUCGCGCACGUGCACCAACCCCGCCCCUCAAUAUAAUGGAGCGAACUGCGCCGGAAGUUCCGUGUCGUCUGCUUCGUGCAAUACACAUCACUGCCCAAUUGAUGGAGGAUGGGCAUCUUGGCAAUCAUGGGCAUCGUGUACCGUGACGUGUGGCGGAGGAAUACAAUCCAGAUCACGCAGCUGUACCAAUCCUACGCCACAGUAUGGCGGAGCAUACUGUCCAAACUUCUCGUCUGGAACCCGUACGUGCAACACCCAUAACUGUCCAAUUGAUGGUAAAUGGGCAAGCUGGGGUACAUGGGGAACGUGCACGGUAACCUGUGGCGGAGGAACACAAGUGAGAUCACGCACGUGCACAAACCCUGCCCCUCAAUAUAAUGGCGCCAACUGCCCCGGAAGUAGUACCUCAUCACAAUCCUGCAAUACUCAACACUGCCCAAUUGACGGAAAUUGGGGAAGCUGGGGCUCGUAUGGCACAUGCUCAGUCACGUGUGGUGGUGGAACCCAAUCACGAUCCCGAUCUUGUACAAGCCCAGCUCCCCAAUAUGGCGGCGCUACAUGUCCUGGAUCAGAUGCCAGUUCUAGAGACUGCAAUACUCAGGUCUGCAUAAUCGAUGGAGCGUGGGGAGCAUGGGCUAAUUGGGGCUCCUGCUCCAAAACUUGUGCCGGCGGGCAAAAGUCUCGAACACGACGCUGUGACAAUCCAGCCCCGGCUAAUGGCGGAUUAGACUGCCCCGGGGGAACGGCUGACUUUAGUGACUGUAACACUGCAGCCUGCCCUACUGUAGCCGCCGGACAGUAUCAACAGCUAUGUCCGACCGGGUGGUUCACGUGCCAAUCCGGAGGAAUCACGUGCAUCGAUAAGACUUUCCAGUGCGAUUGUUCGUCUGAUUGUGACGAUGGAAGCGACGAGUCGGCCACGUAUGCUAGCUGUACCAAUGCUGAGGAAUGCGCAGAAGCAGGAGCAGGACAAUUUGGAGUUUCUUUGUCACUGCUGCUCGGCACCUUUUUGUGCAGUAUCAUUGCUUUAUAUAGAUAUCCAUAGGCAUGGCUGUUCUUGAUUUAUUUUCA